AGAGGGAACAACAUUCAUGUGACGGGCCCCUCUGCUUCUCCCCCGCCCCAUCAUCUCCAGCGCGUGGUGGGGGAACUGCUGGGGAAGGCGAUUGGCAUCGAUCUCUCCAUCCCUUCCGAGGCCCGACUUCGGUCAGUUUUCUUCGGGCAACAAUUUUCUAAAUUGGCUGGGGUCUGGCGGUGUUGGCCCCCGCGCGCAGACCUUGCCCCGAAGGGGGCCCUGCCUGCCUGGCAUGGGCGGAGGGGGGAAGGGCGGGAGUGGAAGGCUGUUUGUUGGGGGGUUUUGGCGCCACUUUUGUUUUAGUUUUAGUGCUGCUUUUCAUUCCCACCCCCACCCGCACUGUCUUUCUCAAGGCACGAACUGAGCUGAUCCUUGCCCCAGGACAGUCCUUGGUCUCCCUUAAUUAGUGCAUUUGUGAACUGCUCCUAAAUUCUAUUAAGGUGGCCACCGAGUACUAAAUUUACUUGGGAAUAAAAGAAAAACAUAAGAAAAUUAUAAGAGAAAGGAAUUGUCUUAGAAGAAAGAAGCAAGCCAUCAUUUUACCCACGUAAAUAUAUGAAUAUAUUUCUGACAUUGAGGUGUUCCAGAAGAUGAUAAAGAAAUGAUAGCAGCUCCAGAAAUACCAACUGAUUUUAAUCUACUACAGGAGUCAGAAACACAUUUUUCUUCUGACACAGAUUUUGAAGAUAUCGAAGGAAAAAACCAAAAGCAAGGCAAAGGCAAAACUUGUAAAAAAGGCAAAAAGGGCCCAGCAGAAAAGGGCAAAGGUGGAAAUGGAGGAGGAAAACCUCCUUCUGGUCCAAACCGAAUGAAUGGUCAUCACCAACAGAAUGGAGUGGAAAACAUGAUGUUGUUUGAAGUUGUUAAAAUGGGCAAGAGUGCUAUGCAGUCGGUGGUAGAUGAUUGGAUAGAAUCAUACAAGCAUGACCGAGAUAUAGCACUUCUUGACCUUAUCAACUUUUUUAUUCAGUGUUCAGGCUGUAAAGGAGUUGUCACAGCUGAAAUGUUUAGACAUAUGCAGAACUCUGAGAUAAUUCGAAAAAUGACUGAAGAAUUUGAUGAGGAUAGUGGAGAUUAUCCACUUACCAUGGCUGGUCCUCAGUGGAAGAAGUUCAAAUCCAGUUUUUGUGAAUUCAUUGGCGUGUUAGUACGGCAAUGUCAAUAUAGUAUUAUAUAUGAUGAGUAUAUGAUGGAUACGGUCAUUUCACUUCUUACAGGAUUGUCUGACUCACAAGUCAGAGCAUUUCGACAUACAAGCACCCUGGCAGCUAUGAAGUUGAUGACAGCUUUGGUGAAUGUGGCACUAAAUCUUAGCAUCAAUAUGGAUAAUACACAAAGACAAUAUGAAGCAGAACGAAAUAAAAUGAUUGGAAAACGAGCCAAUGAGAGGCUAGAACUCCUGCUACAAAAGCGGAAAGAGCUUCAGGAAAAUCAAGAUGAAAUAGAAAAUAUGAUGAAUGCAAUAUUUAAAGGAGUGUUUGUACAUAGAUACCGUGAUGCGAUAGCUGAAAUUCGAGCUAUAUGCAUUGAAGAGAUUGGCAUUUGGAUGAAGAUGUAUAGUGAUGCCUUUCUUAAUGACAGUUAUUUAAAAUAUGUUGGUUGGACUAUGCAUGAUAAGCAAGGUGAAGUAAGACUCAAAUGUCUUACUGCUCUACAAGGGCUUUAUUAUAACAAAGAGCUUAAUUCCAAACUGGAACUUUUUACCAGUCGGUUCAAGGAUAGAAUUGUGUCUAUGACCCUUGACAAAGAAUAUGAUGUUGCAGUACAAGCAAUAAAACUACUCACUCUUGUUUUACAGAGUAGUGAAGAAGUUCUUACUGCAGAAGAUUGUGAAAAUGUCUAUCAUCUGGUUUAUUCAGCUCACCGGCCAGUAGCAGUAGCAGCUGGAGAAUUUCUCUACAAAAAGCUCUUCAGUCGUAGAGAUCCAGAGGAGGAUGGAAUGAUGAAAAGAAGAGGAAGACAAGGUCCAAAUGCCAACCUUGUUAAGACAUUGGUUUUUUUCUUUCUAGAAAGUGAGUUACAUGAGCAUGCAGCAUACCUUGUGGAUAGCAUGUGGGACUGUGCUACUGAGCUGCUGAAAGACUGGGAAUGUAUGAAUAGCUUGUUACUGGAAGAGCCACUUAGUGGAGAGGAAGCACUAACAGAUAGGCAAGAGAGUGCUCUGAUUGAAAUAAUGCUUUGUACCAUUAGACAAGCAGCUGAAUGUCAUCCUCCCGUGGGAAGAGGGACAGGAAAAAGGGUGCUUACAGCAAAGGAAAAGAAGACACAGUUGGAUGAUAGGACAAAAAUCACUGAGCUUUUUGCCGUGGCCCUUCCUCAGUUAUUAGCAAAAUACUCUGUAGAUGCAGAAAAGGUGACUAACUUGUUGCAGUUGCCUCAGUACUUUGAUUUGGAAAUAUAUACCACUGGACGAUUAGAAAAGCAUUUGGAUGCCUUAUUGCGACAGAUCCGGAAUAUUGUAGAGAAGCACACAGAUACAGAUGUUUUGGAAGCAUGUUCUAAAACUUACCAUGCACUCUGUAAUGAAGAGUUCACAAUCUUCAACAGAGUAGAUAUUUCAAGAAGUCAACUGAUAGAUGAAUUGGCAGAUAAAUUUAACCGGCUUCUUGAAGAUUUUCUGCAAGAGGGUGAAGAACCUGAUGAAGAUGAUGCAUAUCAGGUAUUGUCAACAUUGAAGAGGAUUACUGCUUUUCAUAAUGCCCAUGACCUUUCAAAGUGGGAUUUAUUUGCUUGUAAUUACAAACUCUUGAAAACUGGAAUCGAAAAUGGAGACAUGCCUGAGCAGAUUGUUAUUCACGCACUGCAGUGUACUCACUAUGUAAUCCUUUGGCAACUUGCUAAGAUAACUGAAAGCAGCUCUACAAAGGAGGACUUGCUGCGUUUAAAGAAACAAAUGAGAGUAUUUUGUCAGAUAUGUCAACAUUACCUGACCAACGUGAAUACUACUGUUAAGGAACAGGCCUUCACUAUUCUGUGUGAUAUUUUGAUGAUCUUCAGCCAUCAGAUUAUGUCAGGAGGGCGUGACAUGUUAGAGCCGUUAGUUUACACCCCUGAUUCUUCAUUGCAGUCUGAGUUGCUCAGCUUUAUUUUGGAUCAUGUCUUCAUUGAACAGGAUGAUGAUAAUAAUAGUGCAGAUGGUCAGCAAGAGGAUGAAGCCAGUAAAAUUGAAGCUCUGCACAAGAGAAGAAAUUUACUUGCAGCAUUUUGUAAGCUAAUUGUAUAUACUGUGGUGGAGAUGAAUACAGCUGCAGAUAUCUUCAAACAGUAUAUGAAGUAUUAUAAUGACUAUGGAGAUAUCAUCAAAGAAACAAUGAGUAAAACAAGGCAGAUAGACAAAAUUCAGUGUGCUAAGACCCUUAUUCUCAGUCUGCAACAGCUUUUUAAUGAAAUGAUACAAGAAAAUGGCUAUAAUUUUGAUAGAUCAUCCUCUACAUUUAGUGGCAUAAAAGAACUUGCUCGACGUUUUGCUUUAACUUUUGGACUUGAUCAGUUGAAAACAAGAGAAGCCAUUGCCAUGCUACACAAAGAUGGCAUAGAAUUUGCUUUUAAAGAGCCUAAUCCGCAAGGGGAGAGCCAUCCACCUUUAAAUUUGGCAUUUCUUGAUAUUCUGAGUGAAUUUUCUUCUAAACUACUUCGACAAGACAAAAGAACAGUGUAUGUUUACUUGGAAAAGUUCAUGACCUUUCAGAUGUCACUCCGAAGAGAGGAUGUGUGGCUUCCACUGAUGUCUUACCGAAAUUCUUUGCUAGCUGGUGGUGAUGAUGACACCAUGUCAGUCAUUAGUGGAAUCAGCAGCCGGGGGUCAACAGUACGGAGUAAAAAAUCAAAACCAUCUACAGGAAAACGGAAAGUGGUUGAGGGCAUGCAGCUUUCACUCACUGAAGAAAGUAGUAGUAGUGACAGUAUGUGGUUAAGCAGAGAACAAACACUGCACACCCCUGUUAUGAUGCAGACACCACAACUCACCUCCACUAUUAUGAGAGAGCCCAAAAGAUUACGGCCUGAGGAUAGCUUCAUGAGUGUUUAUCCAAUGCAGACUGAACAUCAUCAAACACCUCUUGAUUAUAAUCGGCGUGGCACAAGCCUAAUGGAAGAUGAUGAAGAGCCAAUUGUUGAAGAUGUUAUGAUGUCCUCAGAAGGGAGGAUUGAGGAUCUUAAUGAGGGAAUGGAUUUUGACACCAUGGAUAUAGAUUUGCCACCAUCAAAGAACAGACGAGAGAGAACAGAACUGAAGCCUGAUUUCUUUGAUCCAGCUUCAAUUAUGGAUGAAUCAGUUCUUGGAGUGUCAAUGUUUUAAUACCAGUACACAAAUCUGUGGUGAAGUCAUUUUCUAAGUGGAAGAGGAAAUUUUAAAGUGUGGUAGAUACAGUGAAAUUCUGUACAGAUUUUUCUCUAAGGAGAAUAUGACAUGCUUAUGCUUACCAAGAUCAAGUGCAUUGAGGGGCAGUUUUGUUUGCCUGAAUAAAAGUAAAGGACAAGUAAACAAUUUGAUGAUAAGCUACAGUUUUUCUUAGAAAGUAAAUAUUUUAUUUAUGCGCUGUUAGUUGGCUUUUGAAUCGAUUAUUUCAUGCUUUUUUUUUUAAAAAAAAAUAACAAUCUGAAGAGGCAUUUGGUACAGAUAUGAAUUCUCUUACAUUUAUUUACUGGUUGUACUAAAUAAUGAUGACCUCUGCUGGAUUUCUGUUUACAUCCAGAAAACAAUGUUAAGGAUGUAUUUAUUCCCCUACCCUGAAGAAAGUGUAGGAUAGAAUUGUUUUUAGCAUUCUAAAUUUAAAUGCUUAAAACACCAAUCAACAAAACUUUGUUUUAAAUAUUGUAAUUGUGGAGAAAAGUAAACUUAUAAGCAGAACUUUUACAAUUUUUUCAUCUAAAAGUAUUUUAAGAUAUUUUUAAAAUCCAAGAGCUUCUCUAUACUUUUCAGAAAUAUCCAGAUGCAGUGAACUGCCAGAAGGUAACCAGUCUCAAACAUGCUUAUCCCAUUAUCAACCCUGAAAGUUUGCUUGUCCUUUAAGAUAAAAAUGUAAUGUUGUGAUAUUCCUUCCAGUAGUGCCACUGUAUUUUGUCUCCAAAUAAAAGAAGCUUAUUGUAGUAUGUUUGCAGAAAAAUUCUAAACAAAAAUUAUACAGCUUAUUAGAGUGUGGGAAUAGGGAUCUAAAUUUUAAAUAAAAUUAUAUAUAUAUAUAAAUUGGUGCUGAUUUUAUAAUUGCGCAGUUUGUUUAGUUUUUUCUUACUUUUAAAUUCCAACUUAAAAUUAUGAGGUUUCAGAAAUAUAUUGAAAGUUUAACAAUGUUUAAAAAUAGAAAAGCAUGAGUGUUCAUGCUUUAAAAUGAUUUUUAAAUUUGUAUUUUAUAUUGUUUUAUCUAUCUGUCUUUGCAAGCAGUCUUCAGGUUAAAGAUACUUCUAACAGGUUACAGUACAUUUCCUCUGUAUGUAAAUUAGAUGGGAUAAUAGAAUUCAUAACCCAUAAUAUUCUUUGAAAGCUAAGCUUUAAACUUCAUUUUAUGUUCUUUCACAAAUAAAUUAGUUUAAAACAGAAAGUGGCUACUUGCCAUUUUGACAUCAACUCAUUUUGCGAGGCUUAGGCAGCUAGACAUCGUUUAAAACAAAAUAUUAACUUAUAUUACAUGUGUAUCUAUCUUUUGUCAGUCGUCUCUCAGUUCUUGAGGUAUAUUAUUUUAAUCAUUCCAUGCCUUAAUAUGCUUGCAAUACAAGAAUAUCUUCAGAUGGGUGAAUACCAAAAGGCUUUCAGUUUUUAGUCAGAAAUCAAGCAUUGGGCUGUGGUAGCCAAAAACCAUAGGUUAGCUAAAAAGAUCAUGAUACAAUUAUUUUAUUAAGUCAUGGUUAAUAACAAAUGAAUCCAGACUUGUCUAACAGAUUUUCCAUCAACAAAUAUUGUUAUGUGCAAAAGUAUUGCCUAUGUUGUUUUACACACCACUGCAUUAACUAGAACUGCUGAGAGGACUGUAUAUAUGAUUUUAAACCUAAGUUGAUUUUUUUUCUCACUCUUGAAAGGAGUACUUCUUUGUGAAAGCAGUUCUUACAGCUUUGUUUUCAACCAGCUAAAAAUGUUUUAUAUAUUACUCUAACCUGUUGUCCUCCACAUUCUAUUGUCCUAAUUGUACUGUUUUCUGAUUUGUAUUUAUGUCUUGAGACAGUAACUUUUUGAAUAAAAAUAAACCUACAGUA